GGCUUGGAGAGAAUUGCCUGCCGCGGCGGAGGAGGCGGUUUGAUGGGGGCGCGGCUCAGCAUGGCCACUUGGGCGCCGCUGGGCUUCCCCACGCUCCCCCUCGGCAAUGGCUUACACAUCCCCGUGCUGGGGCUGGGUACUUCCCAUCAAGGUGGAUAUUCCCAUGAUGCUGUGGUGUAUGCACUACAAAAAUGUGGCAUUCGUCAUAUUGAUACAGCAAAAAGAUAUGGCUGUGAAUUACUUCUUCAGAAAGCUAUCAAAGAAAGUGAUGUGAAGCGGGAGGACCUCUGGAUAACUACCAAACUCUGGCAUAGUGACUAUGGCUAUGAAAACACAAAACAAGCCUGCCUGGAUUCAUGCAAAAGACUUGGUGUUCAGUACCUCGAUCUUUAUUUGGUACACUGGCCCAAUGCACAAGUUCCUGGUAAAAGUAAUCGUGAGGUCCGAGCGGAAACCUGGAGAGCCAUGGAGGACCUAUAUGAGAAAGGUAUAUGUCGGUCUAUUGGUGUAAGCAAUUUUCUCAUUAAUCAUUUGGAGCAACUAAAGGAAGAUUGUAAGAUAACCCCACAUGUUAAUCAGGUUGAAUAUCACCCUUUCCAAAGGCCCCAAGAGCUGGUGGAUUAUUGUAGAAGUAGAAACAUUGUUUUUGAAGGCUACUGCCCAUUAGCCAAAGGCGAAGCUCUGACUCAUCCUAAUAUAAUUCAGCUGGCAAAGAAAUAUGGCAAAACCCCUGCACAGAUCUGUAUACGUUGGAGCAUACAGAAUGGGAUUGUCACUAUUCCAAAAUCUACAAAAAUAGAAAGAAUACGGGAAAACUGUGAGGUUUUUGAUUUUAAUCUGAGGGAAGAAGAUCUGGAAUUUUUCGAAUCUUUGAACAUGAACAAAAAACUGAUUCACCUACUAUCCAUUAUGGAAAGGAUAACUUCAAACCAGAUUGUUUUAACCCGCAACAACCGAAACACGAAUACAUUUUGAACUGCACAAAACUGUUCCACAUCUACAUUGUUCUGUUACCUUUAAAGCUCCUGUCAAUAGCUUAUGAUAUUGACUCUUAUGUGCACAAAGUUAAUUAAAUGUGGCUUAGUUUCUCUCUCUCUCUCUCACACACACAUUUUCUUAAUAAUCAGUUUCUCUGAUGUUCAGGUCUUUCUAUAAUAUUUUCCUUGGAUGGCUUGAAUUAUUCUGCUCAACCUCACUGUAUUUAAAUUCAGCUGCUACUUUUUGGGACCCUGCUUCAGUCAAGACUUGGACUUGUUUAUACUUAUUGGAGUUCUGGCACUGCAGCCCAGAUUUUCAAAGUACCUAAAGAUGGAAAUCAGCACAUAGUGAGAUUUUCAGAAGCCUUUAAGAUGCCUAACUCUCAUUGAAAUCAAUAGGAAUGAGCACCAAGGGCUUUUGAAAGCUGCAUUUUAAAAAUCUAAAUAUCUUUAGAAAUCAGACUUUAAUUUCAGUGGAAGCAGGAUUGUCUCCUCCAUCCAGCUUUCAGUUAUGGGCAACACUCCUUUUCACUUCAGCAUGCUAUAACAUAUUCAAAGUGUUUUUCUUAAUAAAAAAAUAAAACAGUACUUAGUAUAUCCAUCUGUGCUUUCCAUAAGGGAGUAAGUAAGUAGCCCUAUUCUAUUUUACAGAUGAAGAAACUAAGAGGUUAAGUGACUUUUGCAAGCUCAUAUAGCAAGUCAAUCAGAGACCUGGGAACAGAACCAAUAUAUCCUGAUCUGCAAUCUGAGAUUCCUGCCAUUGAACUAUGAGCAGAGUGCUAAAUUCUGAUCUUUGUUACAUUGGUACAAAUCCAGAGAAACUACUGAAGUUGAGUGUAGUUACAGCUGGUUUACAGUGGUGCAACAAAGAUCAGAAUCUGACUCAGAGUUUCCAUUCUGUAGCUGACAUUUCUCCCCUUUUAAUUUCUUUUUGUAAAUUCUUCCAGGACACUGCAGGCUAUUCUCUGAACUCUUCCUCAGUUGGGCAAAGCUACACUGUUGGCACUCUCAAGGACCAUCAAGUCUUGACUUACUUGAAGGAACAGCCCUGACAGCUCUCAUGGUGCCUGAUUGCCAGUUUCAUUUUGUCUUAUUAAAGAAACACACACUUUUUGCAUUCAAAGACUCAAAAGUUUGACUGCAGAAAUGACUGCAAAAAAUUGUGGACAGUCUACAAAAAAUGUACAGAGUGGAUGGUGGGGGAGUCGUACUCAGAGGCUUGCUGUGUGAGUCACUGAUGCAAAAGUUUGAGAACCAUUGCUCUAACUACUGGAUGCAGUAGUUAAACUUUCCCAGUCACAUGGUUUCUUGACACCCAACUUUUUAAGAAAACAUACUGGUGAAGUGGCUGCUGUAUAACAGUCCACUGCUAGACAUUUAACUGGUACAUCCAUCCCACUGAAAUUUGCUUUCUGAUAUAUUUGAUAUCCAGCGACAGUGUCCCUUUGUUUUCUAAUUCUGGGCUAAAGAUGACCUUUCUCCUGAUCUAGAACAUAGGUAAUUCCAAAGUAGAAAGUUCAAAUGAGCCAUAUAUAUGGAAUCUCAAAGAUGUUCGAUUUUAUAGUGGAGCCAGUAGUCAUUUUAAAUUUAGGAAACUUAAGAGAUCUAACAGAAAAGUUCCCUUUCUGUCAUUUACCAGGAAGAAUGAAAUGCUAGUAUAAACUAGUUCAUUAAUAGACAAAAACAAUGGUAAGUAGCACAAAUACAUAUUCAGGUGACCUACUGUUUCCCUCAGAGCCGGCUACUCAUAAGUAGCUGAAGAGAAAUUUGUGGCCAUUUCCUAUCCGAUAUAAAAACUCAUCAUGUCUCUGUUCACACUGGGUUUGAGAUGGCAUUCCUUAAGUAAUACAUAAGCUUUGGGUCAUCGUUUUCACAGUCUCAUUUCUUAAGAAAAUUUCGGGCAACUGAUAUCAAUUAUACAAGAACUUAAUCAUCUUAAUUGGCCUGCAGCUUUACUUUGACACAAAAUGUUCAUUUAAUGUUAUUUAAAUUUCGGAUUGGUACAAUAAGGGUGAAAGAAAAAGAAGAAGGUCACAGCACAGCCAAAAGAAAGACAUUGGCCAAACUCAGUCCUGAUGUACCUGGGUGCUUCUCCCAUGACUUGCAAUGGAAUAGCAAGCAAGUCAAUGCAACUGUGCCUGGCUUUACCAGCGCUGAUUUGUUAUAAUCUAUACAAAACAAAACUAAAAAGUGACAGGACAGUAACACUUCAUGCUGUGAUGUGGAGUACCCAUGUGUGGAACCAGUUUGAGAUAUCUUGUUCAGACCAUAAAGGUGAUAAAUUCAGUAGAUGGGGAACUCACUAGAUAUGUAGUCACCUCCUGCUGGCCAAUUCCUGGAGCGGUAGCAGUGCCACUUGGAGAUGGGCACUCAUUAGCUCUUUAUGCACUCCUAUUGUCUUAAGAGAGGAAACUAUACAGCAGGAGUCAGCAACCUUUCAGAAUUGGUGUGCUGAGUCUUCAUUUAUUCACUCUAAUUUAAGGUUUUGCGUGCCAAUAAUACAUUUUAACCUUUUUAGAAGGUCUCUUUCUAUAAGUCUAUAAUAUAUAAUUAAACUAUAGUUGUAUGUAAAGUAAAUAAGGUUUCAGAAUGUUUAAGAAGCUUCAUUUAAAAUUAAAAUGUAGAGCCCCCUGGACUGGUGGCCAGGACCCGAGCAGUGUGAGUGCCACUGAAAAUCAGCCCAUGUGCCGCCUUCUGCACCCGUGCCAUAGGUUGCCUACCCCUGGUAUACAGUUUAAAAGGAGUAGAAUGGUAGAACCUUUGAAAGAAGGGUGGGGAUUCUCCUCCAUAUGGAAUCAUUAUGGAGAGAACCUAUCCUUGGACAAAUGGGUGCACAGCAGAGUUAACAAGUCUUUGUCUCUUGCCUAGCUCUGACCUCUUUGAAGCUCCACUUGUCUUUUCAUAGUCAAUUCAGGCUAGUUAAAUAGCCUGUUGCGAAAUCAAACCAAGAGUAACCCUGGAGUUUGCAUCCUUUCCAAUACUGGAUCAGUUGUUGUGACUCAGAAAUAAUGCUUGCAUAAGGCAAAGUGCUUAUUCUCAGAUGUCAGGAUAAGAACAGGAGUUUUUCAGCCUGUUCAAGAGCCAGAAACAGAAAAGUUUGGUUUUGCCUGUGCUCCUGUAGUUUGUAAUCCAGUGAAAUGCACCAAAAGGACUCAUUAGAAAGCAGCCUUGGAAAAAGUGCUGAAGAGCAGAAGCAGAGGAAAAGGCUGGGAGAGAAGAAAAGGAGAUGCACCUGGAGAACAAAAAGAUCACAAAAGAAAUAGAGGAAAGAUAGUAACAAAUAACAUGCCUCAUGCCUGUUCUAGGGAGAAUAUUUGAAAGGGUUAGAGGAUAAUUCAGCCUCCAUGUACCAUUUGUUGUUUGCCGAGCUGCCAACAUGCAUGACAAGUAGGGGUGGUCAACCAGCAUUGAUUCUGGAUUUUGUGAUGUGGGCACCUGAUUCCUGUGAACUGGAUUGAGAUUACCAAGCCAUUUUACACAGGCCACUGAAUAGUCAGAUGGGGACAACUUUCAGCCAGGACCAUUUUAGGCUGGAUUUUAACCAGAUGCCUAAAAAUGAAAGCCCUGUGUAUCUCACUACAGAGAUACCCUGAGUCAUCCAGUCCCCAAGUACAGCAUGUUACUUUCAUGUAUUACUAUCUCAGGGUAAGGUUACAUGAGAAUGUAUUUCCUGAAAAGGAACACAUUUAAAAAAAUACUUGACUUCCACUUAGUUGUCUUAAUAAAUGAGCUAAAUAAGGGGUGUCACUAUCAUAUGCAAUUUCUGUAUGUGAGACAGUUACAAGGGGAUGCAUAUGUCAACCUCAAGCAUGAUUUAUUUUUGCAUGACUUUUCUGACAGUUGCAAUUUAACGGCUGUAUUUUCCUCCAGUCUCAAAAACUUUCAUGAUUCUAGUUUUGUGGUAGAUGAGUAAAUGUCUGUUUUCAAGUACAAUUUUAUCUGAGUCAUUCAAGGAGAGGUGUGGAGCAAUUGAAACAUGACUAUCACCAUAAAUAAAAUGAGAUACUCUG